CUUUGUGGGGAGACCUAUACUACUUAACCUGACUAUCUCCCUGUUUUGCCUUGUCUUGGCCAUUCUCUGCUCUUACUCAUCCUCACGCUUUAUUAUAUUUUCCACCUAAACCAUAUCAAACCUCCCUAUCAAGAUGCGUUCGAGUCUCUUCUUCCUCGUGGCUGGUGCCAUUGGCUUCGCGUGCGCCCGCCCACAAACCGACGAUCUCUCUAGUUGCAAAGACGUUACUUCGCUGUCAACUUGCAUCCAGCCCCUUACCAAUGCCCUAGACAAGUGCACUGAUGCUUCAUGCGCAUGCGGCGUCCUCAAGACCGAGCUCGAGUAAGUGCCUUCACACCGCCUCCUCUCUUCCCCAAACUCUAACACCUUGCAGCUGCUUCAAGAACUACUGUCCAGAGGUCACCAUCCCCGCGUCAGCGACAGAUGAAUACAACAAAGAAUGCACUGGUUCUAAUGCUAAGGGUGCUGCCAGCAUGCUUGCCAUUCCCGGUGUUGGACUCGUUGCUGGCGUUGCUGGUGUGAUGGCUAUGCUGUAA